GAAAUCUCCGCUCGGUGGUUCAGUCGUUCGCGGAGGCAACGUCGGGGGUGGGUCCCCAGUGCGUGCGCCCCCGCAGUUCGGUGGCGGCUGUAACCCGGUUAGGAUGCGUAAUGCUGCGAGGCGCGUGUUCUGUCCCCUGCCUGACCGUUGUUAUCCCGAGCGUUGUUCACGAUGCAGAGACUAGGAGCCCGCGGUGGCUUGGACUAUACUGAACAGAGGACAAUGAUGCUCAACUUACUCUGUGUGUUCUCGACCCUCACAGCAGGUUUUGCUAAUGGACAAGAUGACAGUUUGGAGAACAGAGCAGCGGCUGCGUAUUCCCGUCCCUCUGCACUGGCGGAGCCGCUGCCCAUCUUUCUGACGGAGCCCAACGACGGCUUCAUAGUGCAGAACAAGCCGGUGACGCUCGAUUGCUCAGCCUCCCCAGCCACACAAAUCUACUUCAAGUGCAAUGGGGAGUGGCUCCACCAGAAGGCCCUUUACACUCAAGAACACCUCAGUGUUAUCACAGGACAGGUAGUGCGAGAGGUCCACACGAAUGUGUCAAGGCAGCAGGUGGAAGAUCCCUAUCGUCUCGAAGAUUUCUGGUGUCAGUGUGUUGCCUGGAGUGCAUCAGGGACAACCAAGAGCAGAAAGGCCUUUGUCAAAGUAGCACAUCUACGAAAGAACUUUGAACAGGAGCCCUUGGGAAAAGAUGUUCCCCUAAAUCAUGAAGUCCUGUUGCACUGCCGACCUCCUGAAGCUAUCCCACCUGCCGAGGUGGAGUGGAUGAAAGACAAGGAACUCAUCGACCCGGAGGAGGACUCAAACUUCUACAUCACGGUGGAUCACAACCUGAUCAUUAAGCAGGCGCGACUGUCGGACAGCGCCAACUACACGUGCGUGGCCAAGAACCUCGUGGCCAAGCGCCGGAGCUCCACCGCCACUGUCACCGUGUACGUGAAUGGGGGGUGGUCCCUGUGGACAGAGUGGUCGCCCUGUAACAGCAAGUGUGGCCGUGGCACCCAGAAGAGAACCAGGAGCUGCACCAACCCAGCCCCUCUCAACGGAGGAGCUGUGUGCAAUGGGCAGGGUACUCAAAAGAUCUCCUGCUCCACCAUUUGUCCAGUGGAUGGCGGCUGGGUGGAGUGGAGCAAGUGGUCGACCUGUGGUCCCGACUGCACCCACUGGAGGAGCCGGGAGUGCUCCAACCCGGCCCCUGUCAACGGAGGCAAGGAUUGCCACGGCUCUCCACUGCAGUCCCAGAACUGCUCCGACGCUCUCUGCAUACAAACUUCAGAGGCUGGAGAUGAGGUCGCCUUGUAUGCCGGUGUGGCUGUAGCCCUCGUGAUAUCUGUCGGGGUGGUGUUGGCUGCGUCCUUUGUUCUGUAUCGACGACGUCGUCAAGAAUAUGGCUCUGACAUCAUCGACUCAGCCUCGGCCCUAACCGGCGGAUUCCGUCCCGUCAAUCAAAAAGCUGGCAGAAACGAUGAUUCUCAUUUACUGAGGACUGCCAUUCAGCCUGACCUCACAGCCUCGGUUGGGACGUUUCCUCAGCCCGUUUAUCCUGUGCACAAUGCCACCCAUAAAAUACAAAUGACUCAGUCUCCAUUACUGGAGCCAUUGCCUGGCCACAAGAUAAAGGUAUGCAGCUCCUCCGUGCUCGCCUCCACUGACAACGAAGGCGAUGAAAGUGUUGGACCAUCACCAAAAAGGUCAGGAUUACAAAAAUGCUCUGCCACGCUGACAGGAUUUGGCACAAUGCAAUCGCCUAGAAGAACGCACCUUCACGUUGACUUAUCCAGCUUGGAGACUCACCAUUCCACGAAGAGUUCGCUGGAAACGCAGGCCCCUGAAGCUGACUCUGGAAGCCUUACCGAUUUCAGUACAAGUACCUCUCCUAAAAGGACCUUGCGUCAAGGAGUAAGCUCCGAAGCACAUUUGAACAGCUUGUCUCGCAUGCAUGGAGCAAGGCAACCCAACAAAAUGAUCCAACAUCACACUUUGGAUUUGGCACCAACAGAAACGUGUCUUGACAAUAACGAGAUGCACCAAGUUGGGUCGGACACGACUGUAUUUGGGACAUUCUGCUGUCUUGGUGGACGGCUGACCAUCGCACACUCUGGAGUGAGUUUGUUAGUACCACCAGGGGCUAUUCCACCAGGCCAGUUCUACCAGAUGUACAUCACCAUCCACAGAGAAAAGGAGAAAAGGCCAGUGCUUGAGAACAGCCAGACCCUGCUGAGCCCCGUGGUAUCAUGCGGGGCCCCCAGCGUCCCCCUCCUCUCCCCCGUCAUCCUCUCCCUCCGCCACUGCGCAGAGCUCAGCCCGGAGGACUGGGCCCUCAGCCUCAAGCGGCAGCUCGCCUCGGGCCCCUGGGAGGAGGUGCUGAGGCUGGGCGAGGAGCCUGCACGGCCGCCGUGCUGCCACUGGCAGCUGGAGGAGCGGGUGUGCCACGUGCUCACAGAGACACCGGGCACGUACGCCGUGCUGGGGGAGGCACUCGGCCCGGCGGCCGUCAAGCGGCUGAGGCUGGCGGCGUUCGCGCCCAGCGUGUGCCCCUCCCUGGAGUACAGCCUGCGCCUCUACUGCCUCAACGACGACACCGAGUCCCUCACGGAGGUAGUGGAGCUGGAGAAGCAGCUGGGAGGCCGUCUGCUGGAGGAACCCACGACUCUGCACUUCAAAGCCAACGCAGGCAACCUGAGGCUCUCGAUCCACGCCAUCCCAGACGUCCUCUGGACUAACAAGCUGCUCAACACGUUCCAGGAGAUCCCCUUCUGGCACGUGUGGCCGGGCUGCCAGCGGCUGCUGCACUGCACCUUCACCCUGGAGAGGGCCGGCCUGAGCAGCACCGAGUUCUCCUGCAAGCUCUGUGUGCAGCAGCUGGAGGGCGAGGGCCAGGUGCUGCAGCUGCGCUCCACCCUGCUCAACGCUCCAAGUGCCACUGAUGAUUCCCCCACGGAGGCUGCCUCUGCUGGCUCGGCCCUCGUGGGUCCCCAGGCUUUCAAGCUGCCCUACUCCAUCCGCCAGAAGCUGUGCAGCAGCCUGGACUCCCCCAACCCCCGCGGCAACGACUGGAGGCUCCUGGCGCACAGGCUGGGGGUCAACAGCUGCCUGGAGUAUUUCGAGAUGAGAGGGAGCCCCACGGGGGUGGUGCUGGACCUGUGGGAGGCCCAGCACGAGGAGGAUGGGGAUCUGGACUCGCUGGCCAGCGUGCUGGAGGAGAUGGGCCGCCGGGAGGCCCCACACCCUGCCCUGGCCCAUGCUUGAACCCUGUGAUGGUCAAGCAGAUGAACUGCAGACCACCUCAAACAGAGGCCUCGACAGCGAUUUAGACAUCUACUGUAAAUUAUCGAUGGUGAGCAUAAAAGCAGCAACUAUGAAGUCCAGAAAGGAUGCAGUUUUUAUUCUGCAUUCAUAUGGCAGGGAGUUGAUCAGCAACUUUAUAAGGUCAUGUCGCGGUUGUUGAGUGAGCCAGUGAAUGUUGCCAGAAAAUAAUUUAAGCGGGCAGUGGCGUUAUUACGUGGGCCAUGGUUUGAGAUCGGUGCACGCAGUCACACUGUGGGCUACUCUGCACUUAAGAGCUUGAAAAAACUAAACUGAAAAUAGUGACGUCUAAAAUCUCUCUCAUCUGUUUUGAUAUAUUUUUGGUUGUGAAGUUUAAAUCUCAUACUGCAAAGAACUGCCACAUAUGUCCUUAAACCUGGAACCAUUUAUCCAUAUAUCUACACUCAGAACUGCUUUUCUGUUUGUUAGGAAUAGUAUUAUACAUUUAAAAAAAAAAAAUUGACUUGGAAUUUAAAAAUAACCCAAAUGUUUCAGUGAUGUACCAGUCUCAAAAAUGGAUUAAAGUUCAUACCGUGACAAUG